AGUGCUCGGGCAACUUCCUAGCGCGUCGGUCGGUCUUUUUUAAGCGCCAAAUACCAUAAGCGCCAAUCACUAGAGGAACGCGAUUACCGUUAGACGAUUACUGUUUACCGUUUGUCGUAAAUCGCUUUUACGUCGACCGUUAGAAAAUUAUUUGAAAAACGCUUGCAGGUGUCUGAACGAUACCAUUAAAAAGAAAACAGCAAAAUACGUGAGAAAAAAAGUGUGUUAAAACGAAUAUUGAAUAGUGGUGCCAAACUAAAGAAUUAUUUUCGUUGAGUGCAAUUUUUUUUGAAGUGUUUUUGAAAUUGUUUCUUUUGUUGUUGCACAAAUUGCUGCCACAAGUGAGUCGAAAAGGUUUUGGAAAACGUGUUGUGGAAGAACAUUUUGCUGCUGUUUGAGCAAAAGCAGCUGCAUAAGCGAGCAGUCAAGCGUCCAUCAUCACAGUGAAGCAACGCUAAUGGGAGCUCCAGAGGACCUGGGAUGAUGAGAAUCAUGAUGAUGGUGGCACAGCAGAACGGUGAUCAAAUCGCCAAAAGCAGCAUUCGCAAUCGCAGCAUACCGAAUAGCGAGAACUUUGAGUUCCACAAUCUCAGUCGGAUGUCGACAAGACAACAACAGCAACAGCAACAGGAACAGCAAAGGCCACAGACAGCUAGACAGCAACAAUUAGAGACAAUUAGCCAGAGGCAACCCAAUCAAUCCAUAUUCAGACCGAAGCUGGCGCAUUUUCAAUUAGCUGCCAAUGGAGGCAGACGAUUGCAGCUGUUGCUGUUCUUUUUGCUCUGCAAUUGCAUUGAUAUUUCCAUUUCACACAAAAUCUCCUCAGUAGGCGCCUUCGAGCCGGAUUUUGUCAUUCCGCUGGAGAAUGUGACCGUUGCCCAGGGCCGGGACGCGACAUUCACGUGUGUGGUCAACAACUUGGGUGGUCAUCGGGUGAGUGGUGACGGUGCGUCAGGCCCAGCCAAGGUCGCUUGGAUAAAGGCCGAUGCAAAAGCCAUUCUGGCCAUACACGAGCACGUGAUAACGAACAAUGAUCGACUAUCGGUUACCCACAACGAUUACAACACUUGGACACUCAACAUACGCAGCGUUAAAAUGGAGGAUGCCGGCAAAUACAUGUGCCAGGUCAAUACUGAUCCAAUGAAAAUGCAAACCGCCGUACUGGAAGUGGUCAUUCCGCCGGAUAUAGUCAACGAGGAGACUUCCGGUGAUAUGAUGGUGCCCGAGGGCGGAUCCGCUAAGCUCGUCUGCCGCGCCCGCGGCCAUCCCAAGCCCAGGAUCACUUGGCGUCGCGAGGAUGGUCGCGAUAUUAUCGCACGCAAUGGUGCUCAUCAGAAAACCAAAGCCAUUUCAGUGGAGGGCGAAAUGUUGACGCUAUCGAAAGUCACGCGAUCGGAAAUGGGCGCCUACAUGUGCAUUGCCUCCAAUGGAGUGCCGCCAACCGUGAGCAAACGCAUGAAGCUACAGGUGCACUUUCAUCCGCUGGUGCAAGUGCCAAAUCAAUUGGUUGGAGCCCCGGUUCUAACGGAUGUCACAUUAAUUUGCAACGUUGAGGCAUCGCCAAAAGCCAUCAAUUACUGGCAGCGCGAGAAUGGUGAAAUGAUUAUUGCAGGUGAGCGAUAUGCCCUCACCGAGAAGGAGCACAACAUGUACUCCAUCGAGAUGAUUCUGCACAUUCGACGACUACAAUCGUCUGACUUUGGUGGCUACAAGUGCAUCUCAAAGAACAGCAUUGGGGAUACCGAAGGCACCAUACGGCUAUACGAAAUGGAGCGACCUGGCAAAAAAAAUCAACGCGAAGAGGAUCUCAAUGAAGUGACGAAGAACGAGGUGGUGGUCAAAGACAAUCGAUCCGAAGAUGGGUCACGCAACCAGAAUGGUCGCCUGUACAAAGACCGCAGCCAGGCGGCGGACGUGGGCAGUGGGGCACUGAGCAGGAAUGGGCCAGGGACAAUGCCACUCAUAGGAAUUCUAACAGUAUUCGUCUUAUUAACAACUAAACUGUGCUGCAAUACAAAAGGUGACAGUCAAGCCACUUGCGCCAUACAGGACGCGGAGUGUACAGUUGACAGAUCAAAGACAAGGAUAACAAGGGCUGAUGAACCGUUGGCAACAGCCCAACAGCAACCGCUACAAAGGGCCCUUAGAAUUUUAGCUUCAUUAAAUUGUAAUUAUAAAGAUGCAUUAACAGCAACAAUAAGAGCCGACAAGAACAACAACAACACACACACAUGGCUAAAAAAAACAACCAAAAAUAUGCCACACAAACAAGGAGCUUAAGGCAACAAAACAACGUCAACUACAAUUGAGUUUUUUCCUCUUUUUUUUUGAGUCUUUGUAUUGCAUUGGACAUUAUUCAAUAAGAAGAAAUACAUGUACGCAUAAGUAGUUAAGAUUAAAUGGAAAUCGAUAAAAACGCGUUUAAAUGUUACCUCGUUAGUCAAAGAAAACAAAAAAAAAAA